GGCAGAAAAUCAGAAGGAGAAAAAUGAAGACAAUUAUUGCAGCCCAUUCGGGCAUCUUAAGAGGUGCUGGUGCAAGCAUUCUCUCUGCCUUGAGUAACCUGCCAUCGCUCCCUUGGCUGGCAAGGUCAAAAAUAGAGCGACAUUUGCAAAUGAUCUCUGUUUAUCAGUGGGUUAUCACUUUUCUAAUUAUGGGGAUCACAUGCACUAUGGUCUUAUGCUACAUGUUCUUCACUAACCUGUGGCCCAUUGCAGCUUUAUACUUUUCCUGGCUCGCCAUCGAUUGGAAUACACCGAACCAAGGUGGACGGAGGUCAGAAUGGGUUCGGAACUGGGCUGUAUGGAGAUACUUCCGAGAAUACUUUCCCAUCCGAUUGGUGAAAACGCACAACCUCGAUCCCAACAGGAACUACAUCUUCGGUUAUCACCCCCAUGGCAUCUUCUGCUUUGGGGCCUUUUGCAACUUUGGAACGGAAGCCACUGGUUUUUCCUUGAAAUUUCCGGGAAUUCGACCUUCUCUGGCCACGCUGGCUGGUAACUUCCGGAUGCCAAUUCUGCGGGACUAUUUAAUGAGCGGAGGUAUUUUCCCAGUGACGAGGGACGCCAUCGACUUCCUGCUGUCAAAAAAUGGCAGCGGGAAUGCUGUGAUCAUAGUGAUAGGGGGAGCAGCCGAAUCCCUGGACUGCAACCCAGGAAGCAACAUCGUGACUCUCAAGAAUCGCAAAGGGUUUGUGAAGAUAGCAUUGCAGAAUGGAGCCGAUUUGGUCCCUGUGUACACUUUUGGUGAGAAUGAAGUCUACUGCCAGAUUAUCUUCAAGGAAGGCAGUUUGAUGAGAGCGAUACAGAAAAGGUUCCAGAAGCUGAUUGGAUUUGCCCCCUUGGUUUUCCAAGGCCGGGGGUUUUUCUCGAGCAACUCUUGGGGUCUCGUGCCUUAUGCCAAACCCAUCAACACCGUGGUCGGGGAACCAAUUACAGUCCCACGGAUUGAGAACCCCAGCCCUGAGGAGGUGGACAGCUACCACAAAAUGUAUGUCUGCUCCCUCGUCAAACUGUUCAAUAAGUACAAGACCAGGUUUGGCUGCAGCGACACGGAUCGGCUGGAGGUCAUUUAAGGCACUUUUGUUGGAAACACCUGGUGGCCAUUGUUUUAUUGGGAGCCCUCUGGAAGAUGAGGGACCCUUUCAGCAGUUGCACCACUAACGUUCAAAACUUACUAAAACUCUGCCACACCUGGACAACCAAAUAAUGAAAGGAAAUCUCUUUAAAAGCAACAUCCACAAAAGAAAAUUCUUUUCGUUAAGCAAUAUUCUUGUCAAAUUUAACAUCAUUACUUACUAGUGAUUUUAUUUAAAAAUUGCAUUUAAUCCCUUUUGUGUGAUAGGGUUGAUAACAAAUGGAUAUUUGGUUUUUGAACAAUAAGUGGGAGAAAUGUUUCAAAUGCACAAACAAUGCAAAAAUGCCAAUGUAUCUGAUAGCCUUUUGCACCUUGACUACGUUGAAUUUCUAUAACAGCCCUUCCUUUUGUAAUCGGAAGGGAGGGGAAACAAACUUUUUUGUGUGUGUGCGGGGCAAAGAGUGCUUGGUCAGGUUCAGUGUUAGAAUGACAGUUAGCACUACAUUGUGGUAAUUGUGCAAUAAGGUUGAUAAACUCUACAGCUCUGCCAAAGCAAGGGGACUUCUGACUGGAAUCUCUUGCGAAUCCAGCUUCAAGCACAGAUCAAGGUCAGACCAGGAUGGUGAUGGGUAAUUUUAAAAAAAAAAACCUACAGCCGGAAGAAAACCAGAUUAUUCUGACUGUCUGUCUGAUAUGAAACACAAAACUGCAGAUGCUGGAGAUCCAAAACAAACAAAUCGCUGGAGAAACUUGGGGGUUGUGGCAGCAUCUGGGGAGAGAGAAACAGAGAUGAUGUUUUUGAGUCCAGUGACCCUCAAGAACUGCAAGCAGCUAGGGAAAGGUUGAUAUGCUGUAAGGAGUGAGUGGAGAAGGAGUCUUCCCAGAGAAAGAAGGGAAGGAAAAGAUUUUGUGGAUAAUGGGAUUAUUGAUAGUAAGACCGGGAACAAGAGAAGCUAGAAGGGUCAUAAUGGUGGGUGAAUCAGAGUGGGUGAAAAUGGGAUUGUUGUGUUGAAAGCAACACAUUUUAUGACAGAACCUAGGGUUAGAGACAUUGAAAGAAGUCUUCUUUGUUCUUAAAAUUCUUAAACUUGAUAUUGAGUCCAGAAGGCUGCACAGUUCCCAAGUGUAAGAUGAGAUGCUGUUCCUCUGUCUCGCAGAGGCAGUCUCACUGGAGCACUGCAGCAGGCCUGAGACACAAAUGUUGACUGGGCAGCACAGCUGAGGCCUACUGAGUCUUUCCAGCAAUCGCUGAUUAUCAUGCGACACUCUUAAUUUCUUGCCUUCGAGUUGCUGUUGUCAGCAGCUGCUUUCUGUUUGUACAGCCAGCAGGAGGCACUGCGGUUGCCAAGACUGACUCAGUGGGAAUUGACUGAGCUGUGAUUCUCCAGCUGUCUGCACAGGACAUGGGCGCCCCUGGAGUAACCUGUGUUUUUGGAAUAAUGCAAACAGUGCAGGUAGCUGUGUUCAUGUCGGAAGCGAGAGUGGGAGAGAACAUUUCGGUCUCAAAUAUUGACUGAGGGGGAGCGGGAAACAGUGUGUGGGACCCCCACACAUUCUCUCUGAGAAGUAAUUUGAUUGAAGAAGCCAAAUGAUUUGAAUUUGCACUAUGUUUCUCGCAAGAAGGUCUCAGCAAAGCACCAAUGGAAACAUUCCAAUAAGCUUUUAAAAUACUUUUCUAUGACAAUCUGUUUACAUCUAGCUAUUUUGAAGUGAAACCAUAUUAUAACUUUUUUAACUCUAAUUUUAAAUGAACUGUAUAAAAUUGGUUUUUGAGCGUCUGUGGCGUUUUGAAAACAGGUGAAAGUCACUGCUUUGUGGUGCCCGGUGUUCAAAAGAUUCAGUAUUUUUCCGUUCUUGCCUUUCACCUCCUGUUCCUACCGCCCCCCCCCCCCCCCCAUUCCAGUCUUAACCUCGUUUCUCCACCUCACCCUCUCCACAUUUACACCGCAAGUUGUCAAAACAGUUUUUGUACCAAAUUGUGGAGUCAAAAUAAAUUUUUUAAAAAGCCA